UCGUGUAAUGCACACGCCUACGGACUUAAACGACGCUAGACUCGACUCGUGGGUGCGCCGGGCGCUCCAACAUCGUGACGUAGUAAAAUUCAGUACCAGCGUGGUCGGUAGUUCGGAUCCGGGCGAUGGAUUCUCCGGUAAAUUAUACUUCGUCGACGUAUCGGCAACGACAGUAAAGUCCGAGACCCACGAGUACAGUUUCGCAAUCAAAACCUCCACAAACCUCGACAAGAAGGACAAGUUCUAUGGUAUGAUCUUCCGUAGAGAAACGUUCGUCUACAAGGUGGUGGUACCUGCGUUUCGUGAUCUAUUCGAACCGAAAUUCGAUUUCUGGCCUGAGUGUUACGCGAGCAUAGAAGGAGAGAAGGUAUUGAUACUGGAAAACUUGAAGAAGGUGGGUUACGUAUUACACAACAAAACGAAACCGAUGCCUCUAGACCAUAUGCUACUGGUGAUGGAAGCCUACGGACACUGGCACGGGCUAUCGUUCCUACUUAAAAAACUCCACCCCGAAAAAUAUCGAAAAAUUGCCGACGUGCUGAAGGACGAGGUUUUUCUUGGGACUUUGCAGCGAGUGUGGAAAAAUGAAACCUGCAUGAAAAUCAUACAGUACUCGAACCGCGUUCUCGAUGAUGCUCUGAAAGAUGCGCAGCUGCUACGAAAGUUGAAGGACAAGUUAGCGUCGGUGCCUGGUAGUAUAAACACUUACCUCUCUGAGGAGGUACCAGAUGAACCUUAUGUGGUGGUCAAUCACGGCGAUUGUUGGACUAACAAUUUUAUGUUUUCAUACGAGGGAGAGGACACAAGCGUACCAACGAAAGUCGCCAUGUUGGAUUUCCAGGUAGCGAUAUUACACUCUCCGGUUAGAGACUUGGUUCAUUUUAUCUAUUGCUCUAUAUCCGAAGAACAAUUGCCGAAUGCUAGGCGGUUCUUCGAAGCGUACUAUCAAUCGCUGUCGGAUAUUUUAAAGCGAUCCGGUUGCGAUCCGGAAGAAAUAUUCUCAUUUUCUGUACUGGCGGAUCACUGGAAGAAGUACAGCCAUUACGGGGUACAGUUGGGGGUCCUAUCUCUGAACUGGUGCUUUGCCAAACCGGACGCGGUUUCGGAUAUGGAUAACGUCGGCUUGGAUAAGUUGGUGGAAGAAGAAUACAAGCAGAUGUACGUUUCGAGGGCAAGAGCCAUAGCUAACCUCUACGUAGGGUUUGAACUGUAGUGUUAUUAUUAUCACUCAUUUCCGUUUGAAAUGUGACAUAUUGUAAAACAAUAUUUAAUUAAAAAAUGUUCAAAAAUCUAAAAGCGAAACUGAAAUCUGUCGAAUUGACGAACAGUUAGCAGUCCUGUCGGCUGGUUGGUUGAUUGGUUGAACGCCGCAAGUUCUUAUUGGUACAAAGCGAGGUUUUAAACCACUUACUUAUCGGCAUAUUGAAUAUCGGUUUUAUUUUAGGCUUCUAUAAGGUAUAUCCUCUAUUGUCAGAUUAUAACAAAGCAAUUUCCGUCACUGAAGUACAUUCUUCCCAGAAACGAAAGUUUGUAGUUAAUGUCCAUUACAAGGUAUGUAGAAUGUGCUGUUGUUGUUUGCGAAGUCUCUCAGUCGUUAUUAUUAUUUUUUAUUUUACAACCCUGUAUCGUAAUAAGAUGAUGAAAACGAAAUCUUACAGAUCUGUUUAUGUAGAAGUCAGUGUCGUACCCAGAUUUUUUGUAAGAGAUAUAAUUUUUAAGAUUCUAGGCAAUAUUUACGUAGGCGAUUUUUUUUGUUGAUGAGCUUUUUGAAAAUAUACUUGUCUUCCACCUGCAUUUUAUUCUAUAUUAUUAUUGCUACUGUUAUUGUUAUUAAUAUUUUAUAACACAAAAUGC